AUGACCCCAGCCACAGAGCCACGCGUUGAAGUACCGGAAGCAGAAACAACCCCCUUGAUCACAAAUGGAUAUCAAGAUCAUCAAUCAAAUAUCCUCCCCCGCAAUAAACUUAUUCUUGUCUUCUCCGCCUUGGCUCUAGUCCAUUUCAUCUCUUUCCUCGAUCAGACAGCUAUUUCAACGAGUCUACCGUCCAUCGCACUCGCGCUUAAUACAGGAUCUUCAAUUUCAUGGGUCGGCACAAGCUUCCUGGCAACAAGCACUAGCAUCCAACUGAUCAAUGGCCGCCUGUCGGACAUCUUCGGUCGAAAAACAUGUCUCAUUGUCGCACUUGCCCUGAUGGGUCUGGGAAACCUCUUGUCAGGCUUCUCUCAGAAAGCUGGACAACUCUAUGUAACACGAGGGCUUAGUGGUUUCGGAGCUGGGGCAUUGAAUGCCCUAGUACAGAUUACCAUAUCAGAUACCACUCGACUUGACCAGCGCGGCUACUAUUUCGGAAUCCUGGGGAUUGCCGUGGCAUUGGGGAAUGGCCUCGGGCCGGUCUUGGGGGGUCUUUUGACGGAGCGUGCAUCGUGGAGAUGGGCGUUUUGGUUCAUCUGCCCUUUGACAGUCGUGGCCGCCGGCUUACUCGCAUUGGUCUUACCGGGCAGAUCAACUGCAGAUGGUAUCGUAAAAAAACUCAAGAUGAUUGAUUGGUAUGGAGUGUUGACGAGCAUGGUGGGUGUUGUACUUGUUUUGAUUCCCAUCUCUCAAGGAGGAGCGACUUUAUCAUGGGACUCGCCAAUCAUAAUCGGCAUGCUAGUGUCUGGCAUUCUUUUUUUUGCUACAUUUGUAUUCAUCGAAUGGCGUCUGGUUCAAUUGCCCAUUCUGCCGAUGCGCCUAUUCAGGUACAACCGGUCUACAAACAUCCUGCUUGCUAUGAACAUCCUCAUUGGCUGGGUAUUUUGGGGCAAUUUGUUCUAUCUGCCUUUGUAUUUUCAGAAAGUGCGUGGUUUGAGCCCAGCAACAGCUGGAUCUUUCAUCCUGCCGAUGGUGAUUGCUCAUGGCAUAACGUCAGGGCUGAGCGGUGUGAUCAUGUCACUGACUGGAUUUUACAAGCCUGUGAUAAGUACUGGGGCAGCCCUUUGGGCAGUUGGAGCCAUUCUCAAAUCAACAUACGGAAUUGCAACCCCCACCUCCCUCUUCUUUGCAACGGGAAUCCUGGAAGGCAUCGGAGUGGGAUGUCAAUUACAACCUGUUCUUGUCGGCCUGCUCGCCGGAUCGGACAAUGCUGAUCGCGCCGUAAUCACUGGGUUGCGUAACUUCAUCCGGGAUAUGGGUGGCUCUAUUGGGAUCACAGUCUCUGGUGCUAUCUUGAACAAUGUGCUACAUACUGGGCUCAAGGCACGGUUUAGCACCAAGAUGAUCGCACAUCUAACUUCCUCUGCCUUGAGAUUGUCAGACCUCGGCCUUUUGGACGAGGACAAGAAAUUGAUCCUGGCAUUGUAUGUUCGAGGUCUAAACAUCAUAUUUAUGUCCUUUGCUGCUUUGACAAGUGUUAUGCUGCUUGCGUCUUUGUGUCUGCAUGACUAUGGACUUACCCAGGGGAGACAACCAGAAGUGAACAUUGAUGCGGAUUCACACGAGGAGUGA